UCUUUGCAACACCGAGUAACUUCCGGUUGGUCAGGACACGUCACUCGUUAGACUGAGGAAGAACACCCGUGCAAAACUCGACCCUUUUUAUACAACCAAGAACGCAAAAUCAUGUCGAACUCGGUCAUAUCUGUUAUCUCUCGGUUUCUGGAGGAGUACACCACCACGACGCCCAACAAGCUGAAAGUGGUGGACGCAUAUUUGCUGUACAUCUUGUUGACAGGAGCGCUGCAGUUCCUGUACUGUCUCCUCGUCGGCACCUUCCCAUUCAAUAGCUUUCUGUCGGGCUUCAUCUCAUGUGUUGGCUCUUUCAUUCUCGCAGUGUGUCUCCGUAUCCAGAUCAACCCACAGAACAAAGGAGACUUCCUGUCUAUCUCCCCGGAGAGAGCCUUCGCUGACUUCCUAUUUGCUCACACCGUCCUCCAUCUCGUUGUGAUGAACUUCAUCGGCUGAUAUGGGCGUCCAUCCUUCUCCCAGAAGAUCACGACCAGAGAUGUUAUUAAACCUCCCCCUGAAGACGUGAUGCUACGUCUGUUUUUGUGCCGCUGAUUUGGACCCGCCAUCACUUAUUAUUAAUUGAAUUAGACUUGCCAUACACAGAUAAAAUGGUAAAAAAAAGAAAGAAAUCUUUUCAUUUUUUUUAAUGAUGACAUUUGUAAAGCAUUCCCUUUUUGCACUGACACACAAGAAAUAAUAAAAAAAAAAACCUCAGUAAUGGUGGCACUGUGAA